GCGAGGAGAUUGAUAGCGGUUGUGCGCGGGAACGGAGAGUCGCGCGAAACGGUUUUGAAGUGUCUCAAAGUUUAUUUGCUCACCGGUACACGAGAUGUUUUGGUUUUGACAUCCAGCAUUGACCGUACCGAUUAAUUCUGCGGAAUGACGAUCUUUCCGAUUAAACGGCCGAACAUGUAAGUGUUUGGAUUAAUGUUCGAAGAAUGAAUCAGAGUGAAUUUGUUAAUAGCAAACUUUUUUUCAAUGGCAUGAAAAUUAAAGACUCCAAAAUUAAUUCGAUUUUCUUCUAAACAACUAAGUGUAUGAUGGACCAUGAAUCAACCUGGGUGAACAAUCGCUACUAAUUACUGGAAAAUAAUAAAAAAGCACCUCAAGAAAUACAAUGCCUAUGGCAUUGGAUGUAUUCAUGAUUUUUAAAGCUUUCUUUACAUUAUCACAAUGCCCCAUUGCAUGAAGAUUGUCAUUUUACUUUUCCAGCUUGUAAUAGCUGGAUCUACACUGGAGAUUGGAGCGUAUGAUGUUGAGCGGAGCCGACCUGCAAAAUGUGAACACAUCACCAUUCCCAUGUGCCAGGGAAUUGGCUACAACAUGACAAGGAUGCCCAACUUUAUAAAAUACGAAAGCCAAGAGGAAGCUAGAAUUAAACUGAAUGAAUUCGCUCCUUUGAUUGAGUAUGGUUGUGAUGUACACUUGCGAUUUUUCCUAUGCUCCCUAUAUGUGCCAAUGUGCACUGAUCAAGUAUCCACCAAUAUCCCAGCAUGCCGUCCUAUGUGUGAACAGGCAAGGCAGAGGUGUUCACCUAUAAUGGAACAAUUCAGUUUUGGCUGGCCAGACUCUUUGGAUUGCUCAAAGCUGCCAACCAACAAUGACCCUAAUGCACUGUGCAUCGAAGCUCCCGAAAAUGACACUCAACACGAGAUUAAGAAAGGGGAGGGCAUGUUACCGGUUCCUCCACGGUCCAGGCAACCUGCAGCUGGGAGUGGACGCUCCACAAGCAGCUCAGGGUCCUGUGACAACCCAGAGAAGUUCCAGUAUGUGGAGAAAAGCAAGAACUGCGCACCUCGAUGCACCCCUACGGUGGAUGUCUAUUGGUCUAGGCAGGAUAAGGACUUUGCAUUCAUUUGGAUGGUUGUGUGGUCAACGCUUUGCUUCAUUUCCACUGCUUUCACCGUUCUAACCUUCCUCCUUGACCCACAACGCUUCAAGUACCCAGAGCGCCCCAUCAUCUUCCUCUCCAUGUGUUAUAAUGUAUACUCAGUGGCCUUUAUCAUCCGCUCUGUGUCCGGGGCUGAGAAUAUCGCUUGCGAUCGAGAAAAUGGAGAGCUAUACAUUAUCCAAGAGGGUUUGGAGAGCACGGGCUGCACCAUUGUCUUCCUCUUCCUCUACUAUUUUGGCAUGGCCAGCUCUAUCUGGUGGGUCAUCCUCACCCUUACCUGGUUUCUUGCAGCUGGAAGGAAAUGGGGUCAUGAGGCUAUUGAGGCACACAGUAGCUACUUCCAUAUGGCCGCCUGGGGUAUACCUGCUGUGAAGACCAUAGUCAUCCUUACUAUGAGGAAGGUGGCUGGGGAUGAGUUGACAGGACUGUGUUAUGUGGGUAGUAUGGACAUUAAUGCUCUCACUGGCUUUGUUUUGAUCCCCCUUUCCUGUUAUCUCAUUGCUGGGACCUCUUUUAUCCUAACUGGCUUUGUGGCACUGUUCCAUAUCCGCAAGAUCAUGAAAACUGGUGGCACCAAUACGGAAAAGCUUGAGAAGCUUAUGGUAAAGAUUGGAGUCUUCUCCAUCCUAUACACUGUGCCUGCUACAAUUGUCAUUAUAUGUUAUUUCUAUGAAAGACUCAAUAUGGAAUACUGGAAGUUCCGAGCUUUGGAAAACAAGUGCACGUUUUUUCCAGGUCGCAGAAUUGAGGACUGCUCAUUGGAUUCCUCAGUACCUACAGUAGCUGUAUUCAUGCUAAAAAUAUUUAUGUCAUUGGUGGUGGGCAUCACCAGUGGAGUUUGGGUAUGGAGCUCUAAGACACUGCAAACUUGGCAAGGUUUGUGCAAUCGGAGGUUGGAGGGGCGGACUAAUCGCAAGCCUUGCUCCAGUGUCAGCUGCAGUAGCUCCCACUGCCAUUACAAAGCACUGGCUGUGACACUUCACAUGAACAAAACAGACGUGUAUACAGAUAGUACGACACAUGUUUGAGUCUAAAGGCUGCUGGCAUUGGAGCAGCUUCAUGCAAAGACUUAUAGACUGAUGAGAUGCACAGGUUUGACAGCAUGGUUAAACUAUGGGUGGUGGCAUUUAUAAGCCUUUCCCAAAUAUAGAAAACACACAGCAGAGGUCACUUCAAUAAAAGGAAUGUUUGUUGCAUUUGAUGAAUGCAGCAGAAUCAGCAAACAUUGGUAUUGGUGUGUUCUGUCACAUUGCAGAACAGUUUAUUUAUUGUGACUAUUUAAGCAUUGCUGGUUGUAUAGAUUUUAAUUGAAUGUGCUAUACUGUAUAUAAGGAUAUAUGUUACAAGAGAGAAGUUUUAAAUAAUUUGCCAAUAUGUUAUAUAAUUAAUAUAAUAUAAUAUAAUGAAUUAUAAUUAAUACUAAUGCCAAUAUUAUUUUUCUCAUAAGA